AUGCAGUACCGCAUCGUCUCCGUCCUUGCCCUCGCCGGCCUCGCCAGCGCCGCUUACAAGGUUGAGCCCACCACCUCUUCCGAGGCUGUCUACCCGACUGCUCCCGCCAGCUCUUCCGGCUACCCUGCCGAGAGCUACCCGGCCUCGUCUUCCUCGGCCUCGGUUUCCUCGUACAGCGCCAGCUCUGCUUCCACCACGGCCUACACGACCAGCACCAUCUACUCCACCAACGUGUACACCGUCACCAGCUGCGCUCCCACCGUGACCAACUGCCCUGCCUCGUCUGGCAAGCCCCACGUCACCACCGAGCUCGUUGCCGUCACCACCACCGUGUGCCCCGUCACCGAGACCGAGGUCAAGCCCAGCACCUACCCCGUUGAGACCUACCCGGCCUCCUCCUCCACCAAGAAGGAGACCACCAGCAACGGCGCCUACCCCACCGAGACUCCCGUCUACCCGACCACCACCCUCAGCACCGCCAAGCAGACCUACCCCGUCGGCACCGGCUCUGCCACCACCAAGACCGAGGUCGGCACGACCUACACUCCCUCCAAGCCCACUGGCACCUCUUACUCUGCCGUCCCCACUGCCGCCGCUGGCCGCACCGAGGUCGGUCUGGGUAUGCUCGCCGCCGUUGGUGUUGCUGCUGCUCUUCUGUAG